UAGAAUCUAUUUGUUAUUUCCGGUUUAUGACACAUGGUUCGAAAUGAACAGUGUUCCAUGUCUUUCAUGGAUCCCGAGGGGAAUAGCAAAAACAGUCCCAUUUAAGCUUAAAAUCGACAAGGAUGAGUUGAAGCAGGUGAUAGAAGAUACGAGAGAUGCACUUCAUGCCAUUGACAGCGAAGAUGAAGCAGCUGGUGAUGAUGAAAUGCAAAAUGGUGCAACAGCUCGUGCCACUGGCAAGAGAAAACACACAGAAAAAAACAGUAAAAUGGAAGAUGAUGACAUCAUGAGAAAAUAUGAUCUAGAUGAUUAUGAUGAUGAAGACAAUGAUUUCAAUCCACUGUCUGGCAUUGGUUGUUAUGCACAAUUUGCAUCAAAUGAAGAUGAUCCAUAUGUGACAGCAAAGCAUAAUAGUGACAGCGAAGAUGAAGAUUUUGAAAUUCAGCCAACCGACAAUCUGAUUGUUGCAGGUCGAGCACAAAAAGAUCAUUGCCUUCUUGAGGUGUAUGUGUACAAUGAAGAUCAUGGACAGCUGUUUGUGCAUCACGAGUACUUUCUGCCGACAUUUCCCCUCACUCUGGAGUGGAUGAAUAUAAAUCCAUCUUCAGAAUCUACAGGUAACUUUGUGGCUGUUGGGUCCAUGGAACCUGUCAUUGAGAUUUGGAACCUGGAUGUUGUGGAUAGCUUUGAGCCAGACCUUUUUCUUGGAGAAAAAAAACACAAGAAGAAGAAGAAAAAAAAGCUGUCUUCUCAGCAAACAUCCCACACAGAUGCAGUGUUGGAUUUAUCAUGGAAUACUAUUCAAAGAAAUAUUUUGGCGAGUGCAUCGGCAGACUUUACAGUUGGACUCUGGGAUUUGUUGACAUUACAAAUGGCCACUUCUAUCAACCAACACUCUGAAAAGGUUCAAUGUGUACAGUGGCAUCCUCAUGAAUCUGAGUCACUGCUGACUGGGUCAUUUGACAAAACAGUAAAGGUAUUUGAUUGUCGAAGUCCAAAUGAUGCUAACAAGACAUGGCAGCUAGAAGGAGAGGUGGAGAGAGUUUUAUGGGAUCACUUUUCCCCUGUCAAUUUUUAUGCUACCAAUGAUAAAGGAACAGUGUUUUACCUUGACAUGAGACAAGAUAAAAAACCAGUAUUUACACUAGCAGCUCAUAAUGAAGCUGUGACUGGUUUAUCUCUAAGCACACAAAUUGCUGGUCUUCUCGUCACAACUUCCUCUGACAAAAACAUGAAAGUUUGGGAUGUUCAAGACAACAAACCUUCUCUUGUUCUGGAACGGAAUCUACGCAUGAAUGAACUGCUUUGUGUCAGCUGUUGUCCAGAAGCUCCAUUCGUGUUUGCAUUUGGGGGUGAUAAAGAUUUGAAGGUGUGGGAUAUUCGAGAAAGUGCUGCAGUGCGAAAACAUUUUCAAAAUCGUAUGCCGGCAAAACUAGCAGCAGAAUGUGAGGGUGACGAAGGAGACGUGAAGCAGUUAGAGAUGGAUGUUACCAUGGAAACACUCUUUAUAGACAAUGAUGGAGACAUUUCAGUAAAACGGGAGAACUCAAAUGAGAGUGGUGAAAAUGUAAAACGAAAAAAAAAGAAUGGUGGAAAAACAGAUGAACAACACAGUGAAAAUGUAAUAAAUUCAACAAGUGAAAAGAAAAUUAAAAAGAAAAAAAAGAAAAAGAAAAAAUCCAAAGCUGAAGCACUGGAGUUGUAAAAAUGGACAUAAUAAAGAAUAAUUUGUA